AUGACCUUAAACCAAGAGUGGCAAGGCACCCAGAAACAGAUUUGUGGGUACCACGAUGUGGCCGAGCAUCUGAACAUCUCUUCCAAUAAGGAUCUCUUCUCAUACACCAUACCCAAGAGAAACUGGGAAGAAUCCUUAGAAGUUCAUCUAGACUUCACCCUGGUGUCCAUCCUUUCAGUGAGCUGGAAGAAUGAUUUCGUCUCAUGGGAUCCCUUGGAUUUCUGUAACAUUACAAAUAUCACUCUUCCUGUGAAACUAUUUUGGACCCCAGACAUUUACAUAGAGGAACGGGCCGAUGAAGACAAGUUCACACGCAGCCCUAUGGCAUUUGUAACAUCCAAUGGCUACAUUCAUAUGCUUCAAACCUGCCGACUCACUUCAUCCUGCAGUCUGGACGUCCAUGCAUUUCCUUUCGAUGAACAAAAAUGCAACUUAACCAUGACCACAAUAUAUUCAGCGAAAGAACUACUGAUGAAGAGCUCUAAAUCUUCCAUGAAGGCAAAUCAAGAUAGUCACAAAUCUUACUUGAGUGGUGGAGAGUGGAAGUUUGAGGAACUGAGGGUCAUAGAGAACAUGAUGCCAUAUGAAACAACCAACAUUAGUACUGUCACUUAUGAGGUUUCGAUGAAGAGGCAAUCCAUUUUGUAUGUGUUGGUUCUGAUCCUGCCAACUUUUACUCUGUUCUUGCUGGAUAUGGCUAUUUCUUACGCGCUUGCUUCCCCUGGAGAAAAGAUUGCUUUCAAAGUGACGCUGAUCCUGCAAGUCUCACUCUUGUCAUUGAUUCUGAAUGAUAUGCUACCAGCAACAUCAGAUGAUCCACCAGUCAUAGCCAUGUUUUUCACCGGGAUGUUUGUAUUUAUGGUCUUUGGUAUCCUGGAGAAUGCUUUCGUACUCUAUCUUAAACAGAAGAAACCAGAUUCCCCACCUUUCACGGGGAAUAAAUUUAUGAAUAUAAUUCUGAGAAAGAAGAAAAAGCAAUCCGAGAAGCCUGUGGCUGAUUUAGGAGACGGGCUGCCCAAAGGGAGCCAGCAGGCAGGCAGAUUAUCCUUGUCAGAAAAGUGCCAUGCCGAAGAGAGUUUGGUGUUUCUGAAACAUAUUAAUGCAGAAUUGCAACAGAUCAGGAAACAUCUCUCCCUAGAAGAAUGCCAGGAUGACUCUGAAUCAGUCGUGUGGGAUAAUACGAUACUCCUUGUGGAGGAAGGGCUUUAUUUUACCCGCCUGAUUUUCUCACUCAUCUUUUUAACUUUUGUUGCCAUACAGUGGACAUUCUAA